GUCGCUGCUCAGACGAGAAAAUGGCUCAGAGAGGAUCUAAUCUGACUUCAGAGAGCAUUUCUUGUUCCAUCUGUUUGGAUCUGCUGAAGGAUCCUGUGGCUACUUCCUGUGGACACAACUACUGUCUGGACUGUAUUCAAGCCCACUGGGAUGUAGAGGACCUGAAGAGAAUCUACAGCUGCCCUCAGUGCAGGAAGACCUUCACACUGAGGCCUGUCCUGGAGAAAAACGUCCUGUUGGCAGAGUUAGUGGAGGAGCGGAAGAAGACCGGACUCCAAGCUGCUGCUGAUGAUCACUGCUAUGCUGGAGCUGAAGAUGUGGCCUGUGAUGUCUGCACUGGGAGGAAGAGAAAGGCUGUCAAGUCCUGUCUGGUCUGUCUGGUCUCCUACUGUGACAAUCACCUUCAGCCUCACUAUGAUGUAGCUCCAUUAAAGAAACACCAGCUGGUGGAGCCCUCCAAGAACCUCCAGGAGAACAUCUGUUCUCAUCAUGAUGAGGUGAUGAAGAUGUUCUGUCGCACUGAUCAGCAGCUGAUCUGUUAUCUCUGUUCUGUGGAUGAACAUAAAGGCCAUGAAACAGUCUCAGCUGCAGCAGAAAGGAAGCAGAAGCAGAAGAAGCUGGAGGAGAGUCGACUGAACAUCCAUCAGAGAAUCCAGGACAGAGAGAAAGAUGUGAAGCUGCUCCAACAGGAGCUGGAGGCCAUCAAUGUCUCUGCUGAUGAAACAAUGGAGGACAGUGAGGAGAUGUUCACCCAGAUGAUCUGUCUCAUCCAGAAAAGAAGCUCUGAGUUGAAGCAGCAGAUCAGAUCCCAGCAGGAGGCUGAAGUAAGUCGAGUCCAAGAGCUGGAGGAGAAGCUGCAGCAGGAGAUCAGUGAUCUGAAGAGGAAAGACGCUGAGCUGAAGCAACUCUUAGAUUCAUCAGAUCACAGCCAGUUCCUCCACGACUACCCCUCAGUGUCAGCACUCAGUGAGUCCACACACUCAUCCAGCAUCAGCAUCUGUCCUCGGAGACACUUUGAGGACGUGACAGUAGCUGUGGAAGAGCUCAGAGAUAAACUACAGGAUGUUCUGAGGGACACAUGGACAAACAUCUCACUGGCCAUCACUGAUGUGGAUGUUUUACUGUUAGAACCAGAACCAGAACCAACGACCAGAGCUGGAUUCUUGAAAUAUUCACGAGAAAUCACUCUGGAUCCAAACACAGCACACAGACGACUGUUAUUAUCUGAUGGGAACAGAAAAGUAACAUUUAUGAGCCAACAACAGUCUUAUUGUGAUCAUCCAGACAGAUUCACUGACUGUUGGCAGGUUCUGAGUAAAGAGAGUCUGACUGGACGUUGUUACUGGGAGGUGGAGAGGAGAGGAGGAGGAGUUAAUGUCGUAGUUUCAUACAGGAACAUCAGCAGAACAGGGAGUUCAGAUGAAAGUAGAUUUGGAUACAAUGACAUAUCCUGGGCUUUGUACUGUGACGCCAACAGUUACAGAUUUUGGUACAACAACACUAGUACUCUGGUCUCAGGUCGUCCUUCCCCCAGAAUAGGAGUUUACCUGGAUCACAGAGCAGGUAUUCUGUCCUUCUACAGCGUCUCUGAAACCAUGACUCUCCUCCACAGAGUCCAGACCUCAUUCACUCAGCCGCUACAUGCUGGAGUUUGGCUUAAUUAUGAAUCCACUUCAGAGUUCAUUAAACUUGAAUAAACUGAAGUCUUUAAAGAACAGCUGGUUAAAAUGGUUCAGUUUCCAGCUGAUUCAUUCUCAUUGUACACUGUAAAACACCACCGUUGUUUAUAACUGUUUUAUUUUUCAUUUGAAUAAUAAACCGUUAUUUUACAGAUUUAUAUUUCUGAUAAUAUCUACUUAGAGCAAAGAAAGAAAGUUUUCAUUUAGAUGUCAACUGUAAAAAAAAAAAAAGUAAAAUUAUGUCCACAUUAAAAGUAAUUUGUACUUUCAGAAGGUUUGACUGUAUUUAUAUAUUGUUUAAAAAUCAUUAAUUGUUUUACUGAUAUUUGAUGUUAUUUGACAGAAACAUUCUGUACAUUAAGUAUUGAUUGUUCAACAGGUUUUAGUAAAGUCACAGUAAAAAGUUAGAAUUUACAUGUAAUCCAUAAAAACAGGAAAUAAUGUGGAAUCAGAUGAUUUUAUGUCAGAAAAUGAUUCUUUUUUUAUUUGCAUCUUGUUGUAUUUCCAUUCAUGUGUGCUGGGUCUUUACACUAUAAAAUACACUUUAAUUUGUUUUAUUAUUCUUUAAACUGGAACAAUUAGCUGUUAUUUUAUAGAUUCAAGAUUCAAGACACCUCUGACUCCUCUGAGGAGUUACCAGCUUCAGUCGCUCAGAUGGAGAGACUGUUCAUCCAACAACUGUUAUGUGUUCUUCACCAGUCAGAGUUUAUUGUGGUUGCUGCUGUUCGUGUUGUUCAUCGUGUGUUGAAAAAUGAAUAAGUAAAGCUGAUCAUGAAACUGC